UCUGGACCCGGUGUAAGGUGGUUGUGCGCGAGUUUACUCUCAGCACAAGCUCUAUUUCCAUAUAAAAUUCAUCUUCUUGAUGGUUGUAUUAAGUAAGAAUCUACUUAAGUGAGUUUUGUGAAAAACCUACACGCCAGUAUUAGACUUUCUCCUUGAAAACAAUCUAUCGGACAAGUGUGUGAAUACCGUGACGUCACGUAUCUCAGGUGUGUCAACAGCGUCGUAGACAUUCCAUGCAACCUUCGCAUUAGGAGAUGUGGUCGUCGGUGGUGGGGGUGGUGGGCAGUGAGGUGCCGAGUGCGCGUCACAAGCAUGCCGUCUGCACCGACCACCCUCACGUGUACCUCUUGGGCGGACGUCACGGGAACCUCCCUCUCAAGGACUUCUGGAUCUAUGACCUCAUGACUCGGGCGUGGCGGGAGGUGCGGGAGGACACUGGGUCGAGGCCGCCCACCUUGCAGCAACACACUAUGAUAAAAGCAGGAGACAAAUUCUUCGUCUUCGGCGGCGAACUCUGUAUGUCCAACGAGACGCCGCUCUGGAUAUACAUUCCUCAGACGAAAGUGUGGCGGAAGUGGCGGUGGGAGGGCAGAGGACGAGGGGUAGCACCAGCUUGUGGUGGUCGCGGGCUCAGUGGCGGCGCGUCUGGACCCACUGGUCGCAGAGGCCAUACUGCUCUCAUGAUAGGAGACUCCAUGCUCAUCUACGGCGGCUACCAGGACUUACGAGGUUCCUCUGCCGAACUGUGGAGCUUCAACACACAGGAGGAGACAUGGACGCAGCUAUCAUCGCGAGGAGAGCAGCCGGCGCCACGCCACGCCCACUCUGCCGUCAUGCAUGACCAACAGAUGUGGGUCUAUGGCGGCAUGACCGACCUCCAGGAACGGAACGAUUUCUGGCGCUACGACACAGCUAGUCGGACGUGGACACAGGUCAGGGCCCGGCCUAACCCCGGCUAUCUUCACUCUCACGUGGCCGCCAAGCUUCACUCCUGCAUGAUUGUGUUCGGCGGUGAGCGGCAGGGCGAGAUGCUCAACGACCUCUGGAGGUUCCACUUCGCCACCAGCACCUGGGAGCGCCUCGUAUCUUCAGGUAUCAGACCUCAACCGAGAUCUCAGUUCUGCGCCUUCGUGGCACCAUCGCACCACAUCAAGGGCCCGCGCUUCCACACACCCUCCUCACGCCUGGGAUCCUCCUCGGCUGCAAGUAGCAGCAGCCACAGCAGUAGCGGUUAUAGCAGUUCUCAUAGUCACGACUCAUACCGCACUAGAAAAGUCCACCCAGAUGACUCUCUCAACUCAGGGGGUGCCUCCAAGAGUAGUGGGGGCAAACCCGGGGGAAUGUAUGAGGGAAGUGGAUGUGCUUGUAAGGAAUGUGUAGAUGCAGAUAACGACGACGAUCUAGAUCCGAGUCGUCUUCGAUCGCUUAUCCAAAGGAACUGUUCUAACGCUCCCACUGCACAGUUAAAAUUGUCAAUAUCCAAAUUUUCUCAGUUAAAUUUGUCCCACUUGGGUCGAUAUUAUAGCUACAGCAUGCUUAGUAAUGACAGUACAGAAAGUAUAGUAGAAGAAUCACUAGCUAGUACUUGUGAUAGUUUGGGUAGUAAGAUUGUGAAAUCUCAGAGUAUUCAUGUUAUGAAUAAGGAUAAAAAUGGAAAAUCAAACGGAGAUAAAAGUGGUAUGACAAGAGACAUAGUUUCAGUGCCAAACUUUGGAGAUAUAAAAGACAGUGAGGAAGAUAACACUGAGUCUUCCCAGAUGCCUGUCAACCACGUCAAAGUCAUCACUGUCAUGCCUGCUGAAGGGUCAACUGAAGCUAGUUUAGAGGACGACUCCAGUGACCUAGUAGCUGGGAUCAAGGGCCGAUUAGCCUUCAAUCAUGACGAUACUAUUCAAUCUGCUGAUACUAGUAUUAGUGAGAACCUUAUGUCUUUUUCUUGCACCACUGAUAGCAAUCUCAGUAGUAAUACGAACCUUCAUAGCACCAGUAACUACAACAUGAGUGGAGUUAGUAGUUUUGCUAACCCAAACUAUGUAGGAUUUGAUCCUGGCAGAGACUCGGGGGGGCUGUUAAGUCAAGAUUAUUGGACAACUAGAGCUCUGGAUUUAGAAAGUAUUCGACACAAGGAAUUUGCAGAGCUGUUGCGGACACCGCCAGAUUCCGGUAUUGGACUCGGUGUUGAGAUGGAGAGGCGAACUCCACUUGACCUUACUCUAGCAACCCUUGAAGAUUUUGUUACUUUUGACAACCAAACUGCACGCUUUAACAAGACUCGCACAACGGAUCACCCAGCUGGGACUAACGGAACCUCUACACAUAAGCCAACCUCCACUGCCAAAGUCACUUUUUCAUCUAGUCACGUACGAAAUUCAGGUGAAUCGUCGGGCCAAAAUUCACAGAGGCACUCAGAGGAUUCCAGAGAGCCGCCGGCACCUCGAAUUAAUCCCUUCAUCAAGGAAGAACCAUCUUACAAAUCUCAGUCCCCGAGCGCCAUGUACAUAGUCGGUGGGAAGGAGAUGGACCAAAUGACUGCGUUUAGACGACCCAUCUCCGUGUGGAAGUUGGACUUGCCUUUUUAAUAUAUUUUUAUUAUCCCUGAAGCUCCAUUAGGUAUUAAAGGUGAUGAUGUAACAUAGUGUUGCCUUCCAUCCAUUAUAGAGAUGCAUUUUGUACAAACAACACGAGGAAUCACAUUUAUUUCCUGUUUGAGCUUUCACUGGAUAUAUUUUUCCCUGUCUAGGCUCCCAGGUAGUGGUGUACCCGCCAUUCUAGUAUUUCACAGAUGAACUAAUUAUAUCUGUCCAUGCAUCCCGUCCUGUGCUCUCAUUAAGCAAGAUAAGCUUUCAUCCUAUGGUUUCCUGUGUCAUUAGCGAUGUUACACUACAAGUGUUGUCACAGGUAGACAUGCGCCAUACUAAUCGUCGGCUGCGGAACUAGAGCUGAUGUUAUAAUUUUAUGUCGUGUCCUUCAUGUCAGUAUGACGUGACAAGUAGUAUUUCGUGCACGUGUUUCACUCUAUGUUUCAUUUCAAUGUUGUAAAAUAAGUUAUUAGUCAACUUUUAAUGCUUAUAGGUUGGUUCAAUUUUCAAUGAUAAAAUACAUUGAACUUUUUUAGCUUAUAAGCCAUUUAAUUGAUAUUAUGAAUCUGUGUAUUAAUAAAUCUUUGUUUGAAAAAUAUAUAUAUUUAAAAUUUAAUUUAAGCAAACAAAUUUUCAUAGCUUUUAAAUUGUAUAAUCAUUUUAUUAUUUAAUUUUCAUUAUUUUAACACCCAUAGGAGCUAUCACUGAUGUCUUGUGUGUAUGAAAUGUGAAAAACAGCUAUAUAGAUUCAGCAAUCUUUCGACAAUGUAUUUGAACAUCAUCAGAUCUAUAGAUACCUAAAUAGAUUACAAUCCUAUAAAUCCUAUAAAUACUGUUA